AUGCCCGUCGACAGCAGCAGCACGCACCGGCACCGCUGCGUCGCCGCGCGCCUGGUGCGCCUCGCGGCUGCCGGCGCCGCAGUCACCGUCGCUGUCGGCACCGCGGCCGCGUGGGCACACGCCGGUGCGCCCCAGCACCGCUGCAUCCACGACGCGAUGCAGGCCCGCGUGCUGCAGUCGGUGGCGGCUCAGCGCAUGGCCCCCAGCGCGGUGUCCGCGGUGGGCCUGCCGUACGUGUCCGUGGUCCCCGUCGAGAACGCCAGCACCCUCGACUACUCGCUAUCGGACAGCACGUCGCCCGGUGUUGUGCGCGCCGCGAACUGGGGCGCGCUGCGCAUCGCCGUCUCCGCCGAAGACCUCACCGACCCCGCCUACCACUGCGCUCGUGUUGGGCAGCGCGUCAACAACCACGCCGGCGACAUCGUCACCUGCACCGCCGAGGACAUCCUCACCGACGAGAAGCGCGACACCCUCGUCAAGCACCUCGUCCCGCAGGCGCUGCAGCUGCACAGGGAGCGCCUGAAGGUGCGGCAGGUGCAGGGCAAGUGGAAGGUGACGGGCAUGGCGGCCGACGUGUGCGGCUACUUCAAGGUGCCGCCGGAGCACAUCACGGAAGGCGUGACCAACACCGACUUCGUGCUGUACGUCGCCUCCGUGCCGAGCGAGGAGAGUGUGCUGGCGUGGGCCACGACCUGCCAGGUGUUCGCUGACGGCCACCCAGCCGUCGGCGUCAUCAACAUCCCCGCGGCGAACAUUGCGUCGCGGUACGACCAGCUCGUCACGCGUGUCGUCACGCACGAGAUGGCGCACGCGCUGGGCUUCAGCGACACAUUCUUUGAGGCCGUCGGCAUCGUGCAAGAGGUGCCGCACGUUCGCGGCAAGGACUUUAAUGUGUCGGUGAUCACCAGCAGCACGGCGGUGGCGAAGGCGCGUGAGCAGUACGGCUGCAACAGCUUGGAGUAUCUGGAGAUUGAGGACCAGGGCGGUGCGGGCUCCGCCGGGUCGCAUAUCAAGAUGCGCAACGCGCAGGACGAGCUCAUGGCGCCUGCCGCAUCUGCCGGGUACUACACCGCCCUGACCAUGGCCGUCUUCCAGGACCUCGGCUUCUACCAGGCGGACUUCAGCAAGGCCGAGGCGAUGCCGUGGGGCCGGAACGCCGGCUGCGCCUUCCUCAGCGAGAAGUGCAUGGCGAAGAACGUCACGAAGUGGCCGCCGAUGUUCUGCAAUGAGAGUGCGGCCACCAUACGGUGCCCCACCGACCGUCUGAGCCUCGGAACUUGUGGUAUAACAGCAUACAAUACUUCGUUGGCGACGUACUGGCAGUACUUCACCAACGCGUCCCUCGGGGGCUACUCGCCAUUCCUGGACUACUGCCCGACUGUUGUUGGCUACAGGAAUGGCUCGUGCAAUCAGGAUGCGUCGACGGCACCGGACCUUCUCGCUGCGUUCAACGUCUUCUCCGAGACCGCGCGGUGCAUCGAUGGCGCCUUCACGCCGAAGAACAGAACCGCUGCGGAUGGAUACUACGGCGGCCUGUGCGCCAACGUGAAGUGCGACACGGCCACGCGCACGUACAGCGUCCAGGUGCGCGGCAGCAACGGCUACGUGAACUGCACGCCGGGCCUCAGAGUUAAGUUGAGCAGCGUGAGCGACGCCUUCGAGAAGGGCGGCUACGUCACGUGCCCGCCGUACGUGGAGGUGUGCCAGGGCAACGUCAAAGCUGCCAAGGACUUUGCAGGCGACACCGACAGCUCCAGCAGCGCCGAUGACGCUGCCGACAAAGAGGCGAUGCAGCGGUGGAGUGACAGGGUGGCCGCCUUGGCUACUGCGACGACGCUGCUGCUAGGAAUGGUGCUCUCUCUCGUGACACUCCUCGUGGUGCGGCUACUCCUUACCAGCUCCCCCUGGUGCUGCUGCAGACUGGGGGGGGGGGCUCCCGACGUGAGUUGCGACGGCCCACUAGCUUGA